AUGCCCGAUCAGAGUAGCCAUGCUAAAGCCGGGAAUUGCCGAAUUUUUCAAACGGAUCGCGAGCGAAGAUUCCGCCGAAAGCAAGCCAACAACGUACACAUACGCCGACUUCCAAACGCGGAGCGAUCGCAAGUGUACCGGUACCUGGAAUUGCUCAAGCCUGAAAAAGGAGUCAAACCCGUUCUUAACGUUAAAGACAAAGAUGAAAGUCAAAGUGAAAAUUGGACAGCUGUGGCAACAUGGAGAUGGAUAGCCAAUGAUGACAACUGUGGGAUCUGCAGAACAGCAUUUGAUGGUUGUUGCCCUGACUGCAAAAUGCCUGGUGAUGACUGCCCUCUUGUUUGGGGCCAGUGCUCCCAUGUUUUCCAUAUGCACUGUAUCCUGAAGUGGCUGAACUCACAGCAGGUCCACCAACUGUGUCCGAUGUGCAGACAAGAAUGGAAGUUCAAAGAGUGAAGAUGGAGAUAGUUCAAAAGACAGUUCAACCUUUAGAGAAGAACUUGAUAAGUGGUUGCAUGGGGAAGUUCCCUUUUCCUUCAUGGAGAAGGUUAUUCCAGUUUGUCACAAUACUUAACUAAGAUGUAAGGAAUGAGACCUCUACAGAGAUGUUGGAUGCCAUGAUUUUUCCGCCUUGAGAGAAAUGACCAAGUGUUUGAAAACAGUUUCCUGUGGUCAAGCUGUCAAUUAAUUGCUGAUGUUCUGCAGCAGACUGUCACUGAUAAUGUGACUUGUAGCUUCUACUUCACUGUGAUAGAGGGAGAGAGAGAAAGAAAAGAGGGAGAGAGAUACAUUUAUAUAAAAUGACUUGAGAGUAUGUGUCAAGAUAAAAGAUCAUACACACCAUUCUGAACAAAUUUAUCAGAGAGUUUGAAACAGCAUACAUAUGAUAAUCAUUAGAAACCUGGGCAGGCAAAAAAUAUGUUUUCUUUCCCGGAAGAGGGGGGGGGGCUACUUUUCACAACUUAUUGCUUCUAUCUGCGACAUUGGAUAAACUUUAACAUGGCAAUGAAUGGGGACUUUCUGUGGCUCCUUUUUGAGUUUCCAGGGCUCUUGGGGGGGGGGGGUGAAAUCAUCCCAAUUAAGCCCCCUGUGUAUUAUUUUCCUUUAACCUGGGCAUUAACAAGAAAUGGGCCUAAAUUGAACCGGGUGGUGCACCGGUGCCCGCCAAAGCUCAGUUUCUUCUCAACUUAUAAUUUCUUCUAAACCAAUGAACCGCUAAACUAAAGAAAAAGAAAAAUCAGACAAGUUGAUACGUGAAAGUGCCAAUAGUAUCGGACAAAGUCACAAACAAUACAAAAGUUAUGAAUAAAUUUCAAAAAUUGGAAAUCACUCUACCCAUGGGGACUUCAAAUUGGCCGCAUAUGUGAUAUCAUAGUGAUGUAAGGCAAGGACUACUCUUCCACUGUACUCCAAUAUAUAAAAUGGCUAGAAUGUCUUUUUAUUUAUUUUCAUUAAUUAUUUGAAGUUUUACUUCAAAUUAUAUUUUACUUUCAUAAGGACAUAAACAAUAUGCCACCUGGGUUAUAUUUUUAUUGCUCAACCAGGGGAAUUCAUGUAGGUACUUAGAAGAAAACCACAAAAUCUAGUUGUGCUUGCCCCUUGUAAUAAUUAACUUACCCAGUUGCCAAUUUAAAAUUACAUAGUCUUGAGGAUCUCAAUUUUAAAGCAGACAUAGCUUUCUUUCU